UCCAUUUCCCCCUUCCUACCAUGGCCACCGCCACCACCUCCGGCGACCCCGCCGCCGGCGGCGGCGGGGAGCCCACCCCGUCCUCGUCAGCAUCCGCGCCGCCUCGCGAGCCCACGUCCCGCAUAUCCCACAUCGUGCGCACCUACCUCGACCUCUCCUCCAACCCCAAGAAGCGCCGCGCCGGCGCGGCUCCCAAUCGCCAGCCCAGGUCCGGCGGCGGCGGCGGCCAGGGAACCCCCGCCGCCGCAGACGGAGAAAAGGCGGCCCCAUCGGCGGCGCAGCCCACGCGGCUGCUCCGCGAGCUGGGCGUCCGGGUCUCCCGCUACACGCACGAGGAGCGCCGCGGCAUCAUCCUCCGCUACAUGCAGAAGCGGAGCGGCCGCCAGGGCGUCCAGCGCGCGACCUCCAAGGUUCCAUCGAGGCAGGCUCUCGCGGAGCGGCGGCAGAGGGGUUCCAGAGGGCAGUUCCUCAGCAAGGAGGGCGCGCAGAGCGCAGAUAAAAUAGAGCAAAAGGCAGAAGAAGAGCCGGAAGUGCCACCAGAAGUUGUUGCAAAUGCUGGAGGAGUGCCCAUAGUUGGAAUGGUUUUCGAGAAUGAAGAGAAAGCAUACGAGUAUUAUGCUAGCUAUGCUGGAAAUGUAGGAUUCAGUGUUCGGAAAGGACUGUGGGAUAAAACGGUGAAAAAUGUCGCUAGGUCAAGGGUCUUUGUAUGCUCUCGGGAGGGCUUUCGAUCAAACAAUGAGGCCAAAAGACCUCGUCCAGAGACUAGGACAGGUUGUCCUGCACGAAUAGCUAUCAAAUUGGUAUCCAAUGGCAAGUACCGAGUGUCAGAAUUCGUGGAAGAUCACAAUCACCAGCUUUCUGCACCGUUUGAUAUAGAGAUGCUGAACUCACAGAAAGUUUUCAGCAAGAUUCAACCUGGAAACCGAAAUGCUAGUAACAUUCCUCCAGGAUGCAAGAAUUACAUUCGGACCAAGUCGACAGCUCAUAUAAAUCCAGAGGAUCUUGGAGCUCUAAUGGAUUAUUGUCGGAGAAUGAAGAGUGAAAAUCCAUCUUUCUAUUAUGCCAUUCAGGUGGAUGAAAAUGAUAAAGCAACAAAUGUCUUCUGGGCUGAUGCAAGAUCAAUAGUAGACUAUCAUUAUUUCUGUGAUGUGAUCUGCUUUGACACAACAUAUAAAGUAAAUGACUGCAGAAAGCACUUAGCAUUGUUUUUGGGUAUGAACCAUCAUAGGCAAAUGGUCAUAUUUGGUUCUGCUUUUCUGUAUGAUGAAACCGUUGAAUCUUUCAAGUGGCUUUUCGAGACCUUUAAGAGUGCCAUGUGUGGGAAACAGCCAAAGACAAUAUUGACAGAUCGAUCUGCUGCUUUGAAGGAAGCCCUGAGUCUCACUUGGCCUGGUACAGUUCACCGUUCUUGCUUGUGGCAAAUAUACCAGAAUGCUGCUAAGUCCUUAAAACAUGUUUUUAAUACUUUUGAAGGAUUCGCACUUGAUUUUCGCCACUGCAUUUUUGAUAUCAAGGAUGACCAGGAAUUUGAUGAGGCAUGGAAUGUUAUAGUCGAGAAGUACAACCUCAAAGAAGAGGAAUGGUUAAAUAAGUUGUAUGAAGAUCGAGAAAAUUGGGCAUUGCCAUAUAAUCGACAGAUAUUCUUAGGGGACAUUAAAAGCAUGUUGCAAGCAGAAACAUGUUGUGUUAGACUGAGAGAAUACUUGGAUUGUGAGAAGCAUAUCUAUCUGUUUUUGAAAUUAUUCGAAAGUUCAACAGAGAAGAGGAGGCAAGAAGAGAUACAGGCUGAUUACCAAGCCAGCCAAGGGGCACUAAGAGUAUCCGUGCCACUGCUAUGGCAGGGUGCAAACCUGUAUACACCAAUCAUCUUUGAGUUAUUUAGAAAGGAAUAUGAACUGUGUAUGGACUGUAUGGCUUAUAACUGUGGGGAGUUUGGCUCUCUCUCUGAGUACAUGAUCACUGUUAAGAACAAAACUAAAGACCAGCUUGUGCGGUUUGAUUCAUCAGAUGGUACAGUUGCAUGUACUUGUAAAAAAUUUGAAAAUGCUGGAAUAUUAUGCUGCCAUAUAUUAAAGGUAUAUGAGCUGAGAAAUGUUAAAGAGAUCGCUCCUCAGUAUUUUCUUAAGAGAUGGAGAAAAGAUGCAAAGUUGGGAACUGCUGAUGGAAUUAAUGGAUUUAAUUUUGAUAAUGACACAAAAUCUUCUGUUCCAGAACGUUAUGCAGCUGUAUGCCGCUUGUUCUAUAAGAUAGCUGCUAAGGCUGCAGAGAACGUUGAUACAUUUGCACUGAUGGCAAACCAAUCAGAUCAACUUUUUGAGGAAGUAGAACGGAUUUUGCAAUCUACAAUGGCAAGCAAGUCAUCUGUUGGCCCUUCUAUUAAGGAUCAAUUAACUCGUAUGGUUCAGAGUGACUAUCUCCUUAAUAAUAGCAAUGAAGCUGAGAAAUCUACUGGAAAGAAGAAAAAUGAAGUUUAUCGCCAUAAAAAUGCUCUGGGAACUAAUAAAAGGCAGAAAACAAGAAAAGACACAAGGCACCCUGAUGGAGCAACCACUGGACCAAGAGAUGGGGAACUGAACAUGACACCAGAAAACGCGCAGUCAGAAUCAAGGAAUUCUCCAAAUCAGUUCCUCCCAGAUCAAUUAAUGCAGGGGCAUUAUAUACUUGGUCACAGCUUUGAGAAUCUUCAUAACAAUUUGAAUCAGUUUGGUCAGGCUUCAUCAGUUCCAACCCUGCAGCAGCAGGCAUUCCCCGUAAAUAAUCAAUUAGCCCAAGGCUAUCCCAGUGAUAUGCAUGGACUACAGUUUGUAGGGACAAAUCCCCAAAUGGAGCAUGAGAAUACUGAUCAGACCCAGUCAUCGAUACCAGUGUGGGAUUUUCUCUGAUGCAUGACUAUCACAAGCAUGCAGUAGCUUAGAUAGGAUAAUCAGUUAUGUCUUCCUGCUAUGGAAGAGUCAUUUGCUAUGGAAGAGUCAGCUGUACACGUAGGUUGAGAGAACCCAGGACUUCUAGAAUCCUAAUUGGGAGUCUUGGAGAUCCAUUUUUGACAACUAGGAACUAGUUUUGCAUAGAGAAAUUUCAUAGUGAAAUAGUGUAUAAACUAUCAGCUGCUCGCUUCAAAGGGAGCUUUUGUAUAUACUUGCUAGCUUGUAACAUUAGGGUGCUCCCGGAAACGCACAACGCAUUGCGACAGAACUUGGAACUUAUCCUACACUUCUCGACGCCUUUG